AUGCGGUUUGGUACUGCAGUACCGAGCUGGUUGCUUCUGGGCAUGCUGCUCCAGCUGAUUGUGCCCGGUGCCGGCGAAUGCUGCCACUCGAAAACCAUCGCAUUUCAGUUGGCUGACAAUGAGGAUGACUGCAGUCUCUACGAUUCCAAGUUGACAAAGGGCGGCGUAUGCAAGAUGUCCAUUUGCGAUGAUGGAAGCGCCGUCGACGGCAACUACUGCGGCCAGGGGCCGUGCAACAUUUUUGGCUGCAACUGUGAUGGCGGCUGUCGAAGGGGCGAUGGAGCCCAAAUAUUUCGGGAAUUCUACGGCGAUUACCAUGUACGCAAUGUGCAUAUUGUCUAG